CUGCGCAGUGGUCGGAUGAGUGGUGACCCCGAUGUCCUGGAGUACUACAAAAAUGACCACUCCAAGAAACCUCUGCGUGUCAUCAACCUCAAUUUCUGUGAGCAAGUGGACGCGGGCCUCACCUUCAACAAGAAGGAGCUGCAAGACAGCUACAUCUUCGACAUCAAGACAAGUGACAGGACCUUCUACCUGGUGGCUGAGACGGAGGAUGACAUGAACAAAUGGGUUCGCAGCAUCUGCCAGAUCUGUGGUUUCAACCAGUCUGAGGAGAACACAGACACCCUGAGGAGCAUUGCCUCCAUGAACCAUGCCCCGCGCUCCUCCCCAGCAGAGCUCAGCAGUGCCAGCCACCACCUGCUGCGAGAGCGCAAAUCCUCAGCGCCGUCCCACUCCAGCCAGCCCACCCUGUUCACCUUCGACUCACCUGCCAGCCACCUCCAGAGCACCCUGUCUGCCAGUGCCCCCCAGGACUACCUUUUCCUCCACCAGUGUAUGAGCAGGAAGUCGGAAAACGCAAGGAGUGCCAGCUUCUCCCAAGCCACCAGGUCUGCCUUCUUCAUGCGGAGCGACACGGCAGUCCAGAAGCUCUCGCAGGGCAAUGGGCACUGCAUGAACGGUGUCAGUGGGCAGCUCCACGGCUUCUACAGCCUGCCAAAACCCAGCCGGCACAACUCGGAGUUCAGGGACAGUGCCUACGACCUCCCUCGCUCCUUCGGUUCCUACACCCACCCCAAGUCGAGCCUCACCAGCUCCGAAACUGAUAAUGAGGAGGUCUACACCUACAAGACUCCUAACAACACCCUAUGCAAGGAGUUUGGGGAGCUCUCCACAGACUCCUAUGACAUCCCUGCCACCCCACUCUCCAUCUACCAGAUCCCCAGGACAUUUACACUGGACAAGAACCACAACGCUCUGGCUGUGGCCGCCAGCGACUCACCUGCUGCACCACCCCCACGGCCCCCAAAACCUGGGCAGACAGAGCCACGGUGGGGCAGUCCACCCCAGCGUCCCCAGCCUGGUGAAAAUUUAGGUCUCACCAUGGCAGCCACCAUUCCCCGAAGAAACACGCUGCCAGCAGUGGAGAACAGCAGACUGCACCGAGCUUCUUCUUGUGAGACGUACGAGUACCCCCAGCACGGGGGCGGCAGUGCUGUGCAGUCAGCCGAGUCCAUGAACGAUGGCUACAGCUCCUACCUGCAGGCCAAGGCAGCGGUGGCCCGCUCCCACAGCACCGACUCCGAGGACAACUAUGUCCCCAUGAAUCCUGGCUCCUCGCCCCUAAUCCACACCGAGAAAGCCAACGACAAUGCCCAAAACCUCUACAUCCCCAUGAGCCCUGGGCCGCAUCACUUUGACCUGGUGGGGUUGUCCUCAGCCACCCUUCCCGUGCAUAAAGGAGGAGCCGUGGCUCAGUGCCACCGACGGCUGAGUGAAAUCCAGCCCCCGCCAGUCAACCGCAACCUCAAACCCGACCGGAAAGCAAAGCCAUCACCACUGGACCUGAGGAACAACACUGUCAUUGAUGAGCUUCCCUUCAAAUCGCCAAUUACAAAAUCCUGGUCCAGGCCAACCCAGUCCUUCAACGCCGGCUCUCUGCAGUACUGCCGUCCUGUCUCCUCCCAGAGCAUCACCAGCACUGACUCGGGAGACAGCGAGGAGAACUACGUGGCCAUGCAAAACCCCAUUUCUGCUUCUCCUGUUCCUAGUGGUACCAACAGCCCAGCGCCUAAAAAGAGUUCAGGAAGUGUGGAUUACCUGGCCCUGGACUUCCAGCCAAGCUCACCAGGGCCACACAGGAAGCCCUCCACCUCAUCGGUCGCCUCGGAUGAGAAGGUUGAUUACGUGCAAGUGGACAAGGAGAAGACGCAGGCGCUGCAGAGCACCAUGCAGGAGUGGACUGACGUGCGGCAGUCCUCGGAGCCUGCCAAGAGCACGAAGCAGUAGUGCCUGCGGCAGGCAGCGAAACAGGCAAAUGUCCUGUUGGUGUCCCCCAGCUGCAGCCCUGCUGGGCAGCCACAUCCGCUUGGGUUGGAUUUCUAAGACUUGUCUGUGGAGGGGAGGGGGUGUCAUUGUUUUUUUUCUCUUAAAACCUAAUUUCGGGGGAAGACUUGGCGGAUACUGUUUGCCAGUGAUAAAGACCAGCUAUGUUCGGUGGCUACGUUUGUGCUUUAGCUGCUGGAUGCACUAUCCAGGAACUUUUACUUAGCAAUACCAGGUUUCACCCUACAUAUCUUUUCCUUACAGCUAUUAAAGCCACCUUGUAUGUGCUAACACUGCAUCAUCUCUCCCCAUCUUCUUCCAUAUCAUACCCUAAACCACGCCACACAGGUUUGCGGCAUCUCCCAUAGGAUAUCAUUACCCAGCUCUGAUUCUCCAGUCCUUAUGGUUGUACUCUUCUCUGCCUCCUCCCAGUCCUAAAACUGAGCAAGGACCAUUGCUUUUGAAAUUAGUUUUGUUGUCCUGUCUCUUGUAAAUAAUAUGCUCAAAACCUCUGUGGGUGUUCUCUUCCUGGCUGGACAGCCCCCAAAGUUUUUGUUGGGGUUGUUAACCUUCAGGAGAUUGAGGAGCAUCCACACUAUCCCAUUGAGCUGACUUAGGAGUCCAGGAAUUGCCCACACACAUACAUGACAGCACAUGCUCACAUGAGUUUGUUGGGGUGUCUUCUGUUUAUAUUUACCAUCAUCUCUCAAAGUCAGUGGGCUGGAGAGAUUGGCUUUGGAAGGCGCUGGAGGGAUUGGCUUUGGAAGGUAGAAUUUAAGCACUGACCCACUGCCUCUCAGAAGCCAGUUCCUGUGAAUCUGACCCUAAAAACCAAAAUUUGCCUUUUGUGGUACCGAAAAAGCCCAUAGAGUGAGAGUCCUACAUCGUGGCCAUUGUGAGAAGCUUUGUAGUUGAGUCUGAGGGGUGCAAGGAGGCUCUGGAGACCCUGUGUAUGUGGACUGGUACAAGGAUGAGUGACAAGAAGGGGGUGGAAGGCUGCUUUGAGGACUGGGAAAAGGCAGGUGCUGUACUGCAGAAGUUGGUCCUGGGUGAGGAGGUCUGGUGUAAUGUUUCUUGGGAGAAAGGAAGAAGAGUAAUUGAAAUGUUGGUUGAUGGUGAGGUCGUAGGCUUGGGAAGAGGGAGGUCAGGAGAGCCAGGGCAGGGUGUUUCAGUGUGAGCUUUAAUGUAGCAUUAUGGUUGGUUUGUGGAGGGUGCAAAAUGCUGAGCUGUUUCCCCCUCAUCUUCAGCAAUGUUUCCUCAAUGCAGAAGUGGGGCCUGCUGACAUUAAUAACCCUAGGCUCUAAGUGUGGGAGGGAGUCUACUGUUGUCCCUUGCCAGAAUCCUUAAUACAUCCAGGCUUUGGGAUCGCUCCCCAGGCAGCUGCUGAGCACAGAGAGAAGAGAAGGAUGAGACAGUUUAAGGCAGAGAUAAUAAUUCAUGAUCUCAUCAAAACAGGAAGAACUAAUGAUUGCCAUGGAGCAGCCUGAUUGCCAGAUAGCAAGCGCUGACACAAAUAAACAGACUGACCACAAACCAAGAGCCAAAUGAAGAAGGCUUUAGAAAGAUUAGGUAAUAAUAUUUAUUAAAGAGCUGAAGCUAUUGUUUCUGCAAGCAGCACCCCUCCCAGUGCCAUGGGCUCUGUGUUCGACCAACACCACCAAAUUGUGUAGAUUAUUCAUGUUUAAGAUUAACACAUUUGCUUAAUCUUGGUCUGAUCUUGGAAGGGCCAGAUGUGACCCACAUGGGGAUAGGAUACCAGUCCCUUACGGGCUGUGUGCUGCUGUGUGCUGGUAAAAUAAGUCUUGAACUUCCAACACCAUUUUGCAUUUUCUUCUUACAUGCCGUGAAAGGGAAGAAUGUCAAUGGAAAGGCUCUGACAGCCCUGUUAAGACAUUGAAGUAUUGGACUUUUAUAGAAACAGCGAAGCAAAUAUCCUGAUGUUUAUGCUAAAAAUAGUAAUUUCUGGAAGGGGAAAAAACCCAAAGCCCCAAACUGGAAGAUUUAGCACAGUCAGAUGCUUUCUGAAGGUCAGGGGGUGUGUUACAGCCUGCAAGGGCCACUGACCCCUGCUGGGGGCUUGCACACUUGCCUGGUGAGAUGAUGAAAUUAAGAUUAGAAUGCAGUACUCCGUAUUUCUAUUGCCCCUUUCAUCUCUGCAUCUCAUGGGACACUAAACAUUGGGACUGAUCCAGAGCCCACUGAAGUGUACAUUCACCCAUCUGGGAAAGACCUCCCUAUCCCCACCAAGAAGAAUGUCACACUACUGGGAAGCUGAUUUUUUCCUAUUUCUUCCUCUAAGCUGUUAGCUUUAGUGGCUCAAGAGAGAACACAGUGGGUUUGAAUGCAGUUUGCUGAGUGGGUUCCCUGUGCUUCUGCACUGGGACUAGGUGCAUCCAGUGCCCACUCCCAUGUUUAAUCCAAGGCUCUAAUUAAGUCUGGAAAAGCCUUUUGUGGUACUGGAGAAACUAGUCCUUUUUCUCAAUGUUUCACAAAUGUCUUUGUUCUUGAGGCAACCGUUGGUGUGGGAUAGCUCUUUUCCCAUGCUCCGACACUGUGUUUUGAUAAUUUGCCCUCAUGAGCAUCCCUAGUAACUGGUCCAUUGCAUUUGGCAGACCAAGGAGCAGAACAGCCCAAAAGCAGCUACUUAAGAACAGCUGUUUGCUGGUCCCUCUCUGCUUUGCAGUGAAGUCUGUGUUUUCACUGAAACAGAUACAUUUCUCUAUAUUUUCCCUUGCAAAGCACCAAACAAACAGCACCACCAAACUAAGCAGAAGCUCACAGACUCUGUGCCAUAUAGACAUGACUGUAUCAACCCCUCCUGCAAGCAUUAAGUAAUCAAUGGCUUCAGUGGAAAUAGUCACCCAUGAUGAUUGCUGAGUUGAUUGCAGCAGUCCCUGGUGAUUAAUGUUUGUGCAGUAUUUAGUCUUAAACCAUAUUGAAAAGCAGCUGCUUUAAUUACACAGUCUGCCAAGAACUUUGUCCUGAAGGCACUGAGUUUAUCACAUCCACUUUAUACUUGGAUUCUCAAGUAUGACAGGCUCCUUUGUUAGAACUAGGUAUUUAAAGAAACUGAGAACAUUGCAAAUUAUUCAUUUUAAUUGAAAUUAAACUGGCUUGAGCCUUCACAUCAGAGCCUGAUGUACAGCUCUAUGGUUCGAUUUAGAAAAGGGAUAUGCUUGCAUGUGUGUGUGCUCAUGGAGAAGGGCUGUCUGUGGGACAAGCAUCAUGACCUCAGUAUUUAGCUUUAUGAAGCACCGGGUCCAUGGCUCAAGGCUUUCUCCAAGCUUGAAAAUGACUAAGCAGGUGGUCUUAAAGGCAAAAGUCUCCAAAAGUGUCUAUCUCUUGCUGUGAGUAUGCAAAUGCUGCUCACCAUUCCUCUGGUGAGACAUGUGGCCUGCCUUGGAGCUGAUUUGCUCUGAACUGGCAUUUGAGUGUUCAGUGGGAAACACAUUUCCAGCUCUAAAUGGAUGCCAGACUUAGGCUUUGUCUCAAGUUGGUGAAAGAAAAUAAUAUGUGAGUGCAGACUGUGCCAGGCCAAAGCUGAGAGUCUGGCAGAUAGGGCCAAAUGCUGGGUUGGAACCAAAAGGUAGGGAAGGCUUGGGUUGUUUGGAUGCUAACUGGGAUGGAUUUGAACUCUGGGCCACCAGCAUGAGUGGGAAAUGGGAGAACGUGAGGUUGGGACAAGAGAAGGCAGGGGAGUUCGCCAGUAAGGUUUGGGUCUUGGUCUCAGGAUGUGCUCUUUUGGCCUGAGUCUCAAGUCAGAUAUGCAGAUUGUGGAUUGUGGAAUGCUCGGUAAAAGCCAUGCACUGGUGGGCAUGGAGCUUCCACCACUCUUGGGCAUUUCACUCUCAAGGGGGUCAUUCUGCCUGACAAUGUGAUGCCUGUGCUCUGGCAUUCAGGGAUGCUUGGUCCAUUCACCCAGCUCUGAGCUGGGCAGGGGAAACCCUACAAGAAAUGGGUGGGGACCAGAAUGUGCUGGGAGACACCUUGCUGAGGGGCUCCCAUGAGCUGUUCAUGGGGCAACAGUGCCAUGGUGUCACAGGGUUGUCCCUUGAGGUGCUAUCUUCAUCCUUGGAGCUUUUCAAGACCAACCUAGGUCAACCCCAUAGCUGACCCUGCUUGGAGCAUCUCUUCCACACUGAGACCCUGUGCUACCAGGUUUGAGUGGAGACUCCUCCGUGUGAGGGAAGGGGCCCAAGGGGUUGCCUAGAGCCCUGUAACAUCCAAAACAGGGACAGGGCCACUUCUCUGGUCGUGAAGCCAAGUGGCAAGGCGCACAGCUCAACCCCUAAGGCCAUACUCCCCAGUGACAAGACCUAAUCCACACUGGACUAUCCCUUGCACCUGGGAGAGGGCUGGCUGGCCCAGUUAUCCAGGACAUGGACACACAGUUCUAGCACCUGGGAGACAGCUUUAACCUGUAAAUUUGUUAGGCUAGAUCCAGAGAUUUCAGCAGCCCCAUACCCCCUCCACACCCUGGCAUACCAGGAAGAGUUACGCUUGUUUUAGCUAUCCAGUGAUCAGGGCAGGGUGGAAAUACUGCCAAGUUCCAGGUCUUAUGGAAGAUGUAAAAAUAGUUCCCAGGUCCUGUCUGAUCUUUCUACCCUAAGAGGCAAGUAUAAAGAUGGUUUGCUCAAGUUGUGCUUGCAUUGUGUUGGUGUUUUCCCACCUGGUGAUAUAAAAGUUCCAUUCCAUGUAAAAGCUGAUGUCCACACUGCGUGUCCCAUUGGAGAGAUGCUUUCUAUAAGAGAUGGAUGCAGUGGAGCUGUGAUUAUGGAGAAGUCCUAGUUCUACAGGAAGGGGGAAGAGCAAAGCCUAACCCUGGCACCAGCCAGAGAACACACAUGGCUAUCAAAGAGCCAUCAAGAAAGUCAGAGGGACCAGUCUAGCAUCAAAUCACAAGGGCCAGUAAGCCAGUUUAAGGCCUCUGAUGAGUCUGAGUGCCUCUCUUCUCUGCCCAACCUUCCCACAUGUACACAAUGAUCUUGCAGCUCUUACAGGUCAAGACAUGCACUUUUUGAUCAUGAUUCCUUCUUGGCCUGGAGCAGUUCAUCCCUCUGUCAGUCUGUCCUUGGUGUCCCAUCAUUGUAAUCACAAUUUUAUAUCCUUGUUCCCAACUCCUAGUGUUGUACUGUUGAUCAGGUUGCUGAUUUAGUGUCUACUCUUACAAAAAGUUGAUAUGUAGCAAGGUGUCACUAUACAGCUGUCCCCUUCUAGCCCAUGGCCAGCUGGUCCUGGCACAUGCUAUUCAAGUUUUAACACCAGCCAGUAACAUCUGAAACAGAAGCUGGGCCACAUGGCUCAAUCUCUUUAGCUAAAAAAGCUUCUCAGCAGACUUGCUCCCUAUCAGCAGGCUCUUAAUUUUUGAUGUAGCCCAUUGAUGCCUGGAAAGGCUGACUUGGAACAGAGACUAGUUAGAGCAAAAGGAAUUAAAUAGGUGUGUAUUGAAAGGACACACCUUGGGCAGUGCAAGAGCCUGGCUGAGGUUACACCUAAGUUGAAUCCAAGAUGGAUUCCAGUUACAAGUUUUUACACUUCUGUAAGUUUUGGUUCAUUUACAUAUUGGGGUCAAUUUUCUAACUAUAGCUCCAGGUUAUGAAGUCUCAGCCCCCUGGCUUGCCCCCUUUCAUUCCCCAUUGUUUAUGCUUUUUGGGUACCAGUUGUCUUUGAUUCUCUAGCUAGAAAAGAAUUGUUCUGUCUAACUACCCUGUGAAGAGAACUUAUUACUAACACCUAAUAGGAAGUCUCAGAGUUAUCAAAUUAAGCAGAGGAGAAUCUGAAAAAGAAAAAGGCUAAAAUCCAAGGCAUCACAUUGCUAACAUAUAACAGGUUUAUUUGUAGACCAGUGGGCUGACCGUAUGCGAGAGGUUUGCCCCAAGACCAGGAGAUAAGAAACCAUCAUUUUUAUUGUCAUUCUCUGGGUGACACCACACUGUAUAUACAUGUGGGAUGAGAGGGUUCACGUGAACUCUGUAUCCGACUUUUUCUCCGGCUUGCAAAAUGAAGGUUUUUAGUACUUAUUUCCCCGCCUCACAGAUGUGUCAUUAAGUGUAAUUAAUUGAUAUCUAAUAAUGCAAAGAGCUGUUUUGAGUCUGCAGGCAAUGGCUGGGCAGCAUGUUAUGCUACCCUGUUGUCAUGCCCAGCAUCAUACAUGACACUGACACAUCCCGCUCUACAAAACUCAUUAAAAUCCCCUUCAUCCUUAAUUACCAAGGUGAAAAAAGACUUGGCAGGAUUUUCCUCUGAGUGAGUGGGGUGGGGGAAAUGCCAUUUGCACAGUUUUCAGCGUUCUGCUGCCACACUGACCCUGAAAAUAGCAUGGUUUUUUUUUUGAGAGCAGUUUGGACGUGGUAGUUGAACCACGUUGCAGAGAGGGGAAGGGAGCAGGACCCUGGGCUCCACAGGGAGCCUGUCUAUGAAUCCCGUAGGGUUAGGACCAAACCUUUAGAGUAGUUAUAUCCCACUCAACCCAGCCCUUGGCAAAGUUGACAAGUCCCCACUGACUUUGGGCAUCAUUGUGUAGGAACAGACCCAAUCAAAUUAGGGUAGUUUUCUCCAUUUGUUUCCUAACCUGCUGCGAGGAGGGGUUGGAGUCCCAGCUGUGAAACUGUUGGGUCAGCAUCCAAUUCGCAGGGAUGUUUUGUGUGUUUCAAAGCCUAUGACUGUUCUUAAAGAGGAAUAUUUUUAAUUUUUUGAUUUGCAUUUGUAGAAGGAAGGACAAGUAAUCUGUGGCAAACUGUACAGUAUGUGUCUUCUUGUGGUGUCACUGUUUGAAUGGUUAUUAAGUUUUCAAAUCACUGUGGACAGCUAAUCACUUAAGUUAUUAAUUUAUUCUUUGGGGGGUUGUUGUUUGGUUGGGUUUUUUUUUAAUGUAAUUUGAAACAAUUAUUUAUCCUGUAAAUCAGUCUUGAGUGAAGCCUAGAUAAUACUUUUUUUGCUGUUAAUAAACAUGGUACAUGCCUGAUGUGAAGGUGAUCUCAUUUUUAAGUACUGUAUAUGCAACAGAAAAGCAACAGGAAAAUAAAAGAAUGAUAAUAAAAAGAUAUCUCUCCCUGGUGAUUCCCAGCAUGGAUUCAGAGCAGGGAAAGAAAGGGGAAACUAUCAAGCAGAUCAAGUUUGAUUACGUAGCACCUUUAAAGCUUUCAGAACAUUUUCUCAGCAUGCUGCCAAGUGUUUCCUAUAGCUUCAAAUGUCUUGAAUGGGUAGUGAGGGCCUUUAGGAUGUAGCUGGGGUUUUCCCUAAUACCAGAACCCAAGCCAUGUAUUUUUUAAGCUGCUAAAUUGAUUUUUAUACAGUGUAUCUGCUCUGCUGCAUGCAGUACAAGGACAAAUGCUGCCUUCCUCACCCAUCAGCAGCUCAGCACCUGUGAGCCUCAGCUCAGGACACCAAAUCACCCAGAGAACCUCAGCACAAGGACAAAUAUUUUUCUCCAGAGUUAAAAGUUCAACCCUCCCUUUAAGAUUUCUCUUUUGUUCUAAAAAAAAAAAAAAAAAAACAAAAGGAAAAGACACCUCC